CAUUAAAUUACACCAUAUAUCACUACCACAAUUAUUUAGCUCAAAGACAGCUUGUGUUUCAGUCUCUCUGAAAAGAGCAUUUCACAAACAUGGAUAAGAGCAGGAAGACAGUAGUUGAAUAUCUGGAUAAGAUAUGGGCUGAUAGUGAAAAGGCAGCCCCUGAAGACCUGCUAUUUUCCUAUAAGGGAAUUUUGUACCCUGGUACUUUAUGCAGCCCUGAAACUUUCCAAGUUCUUGAUUCUUUUGAAGCCAGGAGUGACGAUGUGAUCCUAGCGGCAUACCCAAAAAAUGGUUCUAACUGGCUUGAUCAAGUCUUAAAUGACUUGGAAAUUACAGCUGCAAAAUAUACAGAGGAGGAAAUUAAAGAGAGAAUUAAUAUUACAAAUGAAUUAUCUCUAUUUCCACGUCUAGAAUUUGGGGAUCCAGAGAAAUUUAAGAGGAUGAAGGAAUUACCUUUCAGAAGAAUCAUAAUAACACAUCUCUCUCCUCAAGUCCUGCCGAAAUCUAUUUUCAAAAGCAAGGCCAAGAUACUGCUGCUGGUUCGUAAUCUAAAAGACACCGCUGUAUCUUAUUUCCAUUUUUACAACAAUAUACCUACACUUCCCUCCUUCGGCUCAUGGGAUGAGUAUUUUACAGCUUUUAUGCAUGGAAAAUUGUGUUGGGGCUCCUAUUUUGAUUAUUUAGUUGAAUGGAACAAGCAUAUGGAUGAUGAAAAUGUUAUGGCGAUAACCUAUGAAGAGCUGAAAGAGGUCCACUACUGUCAAAUCGCCCUAGAACAGCUCUUUCUGCUUACUAUUGUAUCUGUCAAAAUGCACCGUCACUUGAAUCAGACUUUAGGACUGAAAAAAAUAGCUGACUUCUUUGGGUUCUCCCUAAGUGAGGAAGAGAUUCAGACUGUUGCAGAGAAGAGCAGCUUCAAAGCUAUGAAAGAGAAAUCCUCCAAAACUCAUGGAGCACUUGGGAAAAUUUUCUUCCGUAAAGGAAUUAUUGGUGAUUGGAAGGACCAUUUCUCUGAAGCUCAGAAUAAAGAAAUGGACAUAAAAUUUGAAGAGUGUUUAGCAGGAACUAAACUGGGAGAAAAGAUGAAAUAUGGGUUGUAUUGCAAGGCCUAAAGAGCAAAACCUAAUGCAUCUGUUUCCCUUAGUAUGAUCUGUUCACUUGUUUUUGUACACUGGAAAAAUCAUCUAAAUUUCUGUGUAUCCAAGUGUAAAUCAUUAUGUUCUAGUCCUUAAUACCAGUAAUUUAUGACAGAUGUGUGCUGUAAAUGUGAUACCUCACCAUGCUUAAUAGAUCUUUUAAGUAUGUAUAUGCCCAUUGUAUGACACUGCCUUAGAAAGGAGCUAUAGACUUCAAUAUCAUAUACACUAUUCUGAGGCAGAAUCAGCCAGAAGCACCAUCAGUUAUUUAACCAUUCUAUCAAAAACAAUUUAAUCGGAGAGCCAAUUCUGCACUGAGAAAUCCCAUGAAGUUCCUGGAGGUUGCAUUUGAUGUAAGUCAGUGCAGAAUUAGGCUUAGAGUGUCCAGAUGAUCCAGGUGUCCAAAAGUGAUAGAAAUUCCAUCAAAUAGAUUAGUUUUUGCCAUUAUCAUUAACAGUGACUUGAAUCUGGCUAUCUUCUGGUGGAAGAGGCUGAUUCCCUCCAGACUAACUGUUAGCCAAGCAGCUUUUCUGUUUCUUUUUUUUUUGCUUGCAUUCAUUAUUUGUACGUGUCCUUUUAUAAGUGUAUUAAAAUGUUAUUAAUUGG